AGUGUUGCCCGAGCGUCCGCCGCGGAUACACGCACGCGCAUCGCAAGUGUAAGUGAUUCUACCGGUACUUCGAAAUCGCUCCGAUAGCGGCUUGUACAAGUGAUCGAUAAACCCACGGCUUGCAGCCGAUCCGUGGCGAAUCCAUUUCUCGCGUCCCCGCGAUACACCCAGAGUGCAUUAAGGAGGGAUCCUGUUGCGUUAAGUGUUUAGUGCCGAUUUCGAGAUGAGACCCAAGGACGAAACGGACACGAAGCUCCAGACUGGAACUUUCAUACUGUCCGAAAAGAUCGACGACACAAAGGCGAAGAAGAGUGAGAAGGAAUUGAAGAAGGAGAUGAAAAGGCUUGAGAAAGAGAAACAGGAGAGGGAGAAAAAGGAGAAGAAGGCUCGGGAGAAGGAAAAGGAACGCGAAAAACAAUCCAAGAAAGGCAAGGUGGUGUGCGGCGCGUGCGGCGGCAAGUGCAGCGGCGAGGUGCUGCGCGUCACCGACAAGUACUUCCACACCGCCUGCUUCACGUGCCGCACCUGCUCCGCUUCGCUCGCGCGCGGUGGUUUCUUCUGCAAGGACGGACACUACUAUUGCCCUCAGGAUUACCAGCGAGCGUUUGGCACGCGCUGUGCGGCGUGCAACCAGUACGUGGAGGGCGAAGUGGUCUCCGCUCUCGGGAACACCUACCAUCAGAAGUGCUUCACGUGCGCGCGAUGCAAGCGUGCGUUCCCCUCCGGCGAGAAGGUGACGUACACGGGGUCGGAGGUGAUCUGCGGCGAGUGCGCGGCGCCGCAGCGCCACGCGGCGCGCGCGACCCGCUCGCCCGAUCAAGCCUCCCCCUCCCCCGCCUCGCCCUCCCCCGCCUCGCCCGGCUCACCCGCCUCCCCCGCCUCGCCCGACCGGGAUGACGUCGACCGCAGGCAGCCCGACCCAAAUGAUUGCGCGGGCUGCGGACAAGAACUCUCCGAGGGUCAAGCCUUAGUCGCUUUAGACAGGCAGUGGCACACGUGGUGCUUCGCGUGCGGCGAGUGCGGCGCCGUGCUGCGCGGCGAGUACAUGGGGCGCGGCGGCGUGCCGUACUGCGAGCGCGACUACCAGCGCCUGUACGGCGUGCGCUGCGCCUACUGCCAGCGCUACAUCUCCGGCAAGGUGCUGCAGGCGGGCGACAACCACCACUUCCACCCGACGUGCGCGCGCUGCAGCAAGUGCGGCGACCCGUUCGGCGACGGCGAGGAGAUGUUCCUGCAGGGCGCCGCCAUCUGGCACCCGCGCUGCGGGCCCGCGCCCGGCGACCCGCUGGCGCUCGACCGCGCCUGCUCCGAGCUGCAGUUCUCAAUGCGCUCGCGCACGCCGAGUGUCAACGGCUCCUACUGCAGCCCCUACAGUAGCUUGACACGGAAGUACGGGUACCGCGGCACGUCUCCUGGGCCGAACGGCACGGGGCGCUGGGGCGGCUGGUCGCCGGCGCGCAUCACCACGUACUCGUACCUGGCCAGCGAGCCCGCCACGCUGCGCCGCUGCGUGCAGCCCUACGACCGCCCGCCCACCUCGCCGCACUUCCACCGCCCGCCCUCAUCUGCUAGCAUACGUACGAGUUCACGACCUGGCAGCAAAGCUUCAUCUCGGCCAGGGAUGCGAGUGCUUGUCGACUCUAUGCGAAGCGAGACACCACGUCCGAAGUCUCCGCACAUGAACAAUGAGGAACCCAUAGAACUAUCGCACUAUCCCUCAGCAUAUAAGCCUCCGCCUGGGACACAACCAAAGAUAGAACGAGAUGACUUCCCCGCUCCACCGUACCCCUACACAGAUCCAGAGCGAAGGAGACGACGGUCAGAAACGUUCAAAGGCGUAACCGAUAGUGAUGAGGAAGAUGGGAAACCCAACGGAGAGGUUAAUGGCGUCGACAACAAACUGCGCCGCGAGGAACUCGAGCUGGCCAAGAUCGAGAGUGGCAUCGCACAGGUAUUUUUAAAAGAAGUGAAAGAACGCG